CUCAAGACUGGCCGUGUGGCCAUCGUCACCCGGGGCCGGUACGCCGGUAAGAAGGUUGUGAUCAUUCAGCCUCUGGACACUGGCUCCAAGUCGCACCCUUUCGCGCACGCUCUCGUUGCCGGCAUUGAGCGCUACCCCUCCCAGAUCACCCGCCGCAUGUCGAAGGCCCGACAGACCAAGCGCAGCAAGGUCAAGCCUUUCAUCAAGGUCGUCAACUACAACCACCUCAUGCCCACCCGGUACACUCUGGAACUUGAGGGUCUUAAGGGUGUUGUCUCUGGCGACACUUUCAAGGAGGUCUCGCAGCGGGAGGACGCCAAGAAGACGGUGAAGAAGGCUCUCGAGGAGAGAUACACCAGCGGCAAGAACCGGUGGUUCUUCACCCCUCUGAGUACGUUUUCAGUUGCCAUGGUCUAUCUAUGA